AUGUCCGUCAUCAUUGAAGAUAACCAGUCACCCAGGUUCUUACGUCUCGGUCCCACAUGGUAUCAUGAGCUCCCAUUUUUACCACAUGGAUGGGAGACAACCAAUGAUCGAGGAUCUGGAUCACUUAAGCAUGCAGCAAUGAAAGCACUGCUGCAGGACCAGUCGGUGCUGAAGCCUGAGCUGUUUGAAUACGUCCACUGGUAUUUGGCAAAAUACCUUUGGGAUUCCCUCAAAAAGUGUAACAAGCAGACAAUGCACAUGUGGAAAAUAAUGGCCAGCGUCUAUCCUAUACAAUUCCAUGCGGUUAGUCCCUACUACUGUCUCAAUGCUGGCUGUCCCAAAAAACCACUGAGAGACUACAUGGGUAUCCUCAAUAGCGAUGACUUUCGCUGGCGUGCAAUCUUGACAAUUGCAACCUCAUACUGUACUGCCACAGACCUGACUACUAUACCAAAUAUCAAGAAUUUGGUUGCCCUGGACGUUCACAGUGAAACAUAUUCGCCGAAUCUCGCCCCGCUGGAUCCCGUGGGCGUUAAUAGCGACGGUAUCCCCUUGCAAGAUGGAUUUGUACGCGGUUGGAUUGAAUCCAAAGCACUACAACACCUCCGCAUUCUCAGGUUCUACCACCAACGCGAAAUAACCAUUGCGACACUGGAAGCUCUGCGUGAACUACCAGAGCUCCAGCUUGUUGUGGCUUACGAGUGCAAGAAGAUCACAGAGACGAUUCAAAAAUACGAUAGGCCCGCGAAUAACAUCAUUACUAUAAAGGGAUGGUCCGCCUGCAGACUUGAUUGGUUUUGGGAAACCCAUGGAACGUCAAAGACAAUUGAUGACCAUCUGUUGGCCUUGCUUCAUGUGUACGAGUCUAGUCUCCCGACACCAGGAGAGGAGCAUUCGAGAAGACCAUCAUCCCUACCAACGAAUACCCCGAUCUUGGAGUUAAAACUACCAACUGUUGACCACAGCAGAAGAGACAAGGUUAUUAUCCGCUCUCGCUAUAAUUCGAAGUCAAUUGUAUUAUUUACUCGAGAUCCUGUGAAGCAAAAGCUUGAUAUCGAGAAGCAGAAACAGGGAAAGGAGAAAAAGCGCGCCGAACCGCCUGAUAGGGGAGAUCGUCCUGCCAAGCGAGCAGUCAUGAAAGAGAGGGGACCUAUGGAUAUAUCCGAGACUCUGAAUCAGUUCUUUUGA